AUGCAGGAUCAAUUUCUACAACAUUUGUGGCAGGUUGCCCAAGGAAAAUGGGAGUCCGGUGUGCUCCCUAGUGCGGAGAAUUUAGCCCGCGCCCGCUCGUCGAUUCCCACCACAUUACCCGACAUCGGCUCCAGCCUGGAAUCCGUUCAACGACAUCUUGUGGAGGACAUUGUCCCCGCAUUUAAUGGUGGCAGUAUCAGUCCAAACUAUUAUGGCUUCAUCACCGGUGGAGCGACGCCGGCGGCGUUGUUUGCAGACAACAUCGUGUCGGCCUACGAUCAGAACGUACAAGUACACCUUCCCAACCACUCAAUCGUCACCGACGUCGAGUAUCAUGCCCUAGGAUUGCUUGCCGACCUGUUCAAUUUGCCCCGUGAUCAAUGGCACAAUGGAACCUUUACCACUGGAGCCACUGCGAGUAAUAUUCUUGGUCUAGCCUGUGGGCGUGAAUUCAUUCUCCAGAAAGCCGCUGAGAGAAAUGGAAGCGAACUGACCAGUGUCGGUGAACAUGGCUUAUUCGAGGUGCUACAGGCGCUGAACCUCUCCGGUGUUCAAGUUCUGUCGACACUACCGCAUUCCUCUGUGGUCAAGGCAGCUGGUGUUUUAGGAAUCGGCCGCGCCAACGUUCGCAAUAUCUGCCGUGCUGAUGAUCCGCUCCAAUUUGACAUAGUACAGCUCGAGAAGGAGCUGGCCAGAACGGACAAAGUCAGUAUCGUGGCCAUCUCGUGCGGUGAGGUUAAUACUGGCCGAUUUGCGACAUCUGGAAUGGAGCAACUGGGUCAGAUCCGUCAAUUGUGUGACAAGUACGGGGCUUGGCUGCAUGCUGACGGUGCAUUUGGCAUAUUCGCUCGAGUGUUGGAUGAUAGCGAAGAGUUUUCAAACAUCAAAAAGGGCUGCGAUGGGAUUGAGUUGGUGGAUUCAAUCACCGGUGACGGGCACAAGCUGCUCAAUGUGCCCUAUGACUGCGGUUUCUUCUUUACCCGUCAUCCAGGCUUGGCCGCUCAAGUCUUCCAGAAUGCAAAUGCUGCCUACCUGAGUGGAGGACCGGUUGAUGGCCCCCCUAUUCCCUCUCCGUUGAAUAUCGGACUUGAGAAUUCCAGGCGAUUCCGGGCGUUGCCAGCAUACGCCUCUUUGUUGUCUUAUGGGAGACUGGGAUACCGAGAGAUGCUUGAGCGUCAGAUCCGUCUUGCUCGGGGUGUCUACGAGUGGAUCUUUGAUCAUCCUGCGUACACACCCUUACCAGAGGCACAUUCCAAAGCUGAGCUUGUAGACCAGACGUUCAUGAGUGUAUUGUUCCGUGCCAAGGAGGAUGCUUUGAAUCGGGAACUCUCAGCGAAGAUUAAUGAGACUUCUCGAAUGUUUGUGUCGGGAACUAGCUGGAAGGGCGAAACAGCUACUCGAAUUGCUAUUUCUAAUUGGCGAGCUGACGUCGAACGGGAUUUGGCCUUGAUCACGGGGGUGUUGACUCAAGUGGCCCAGAAAUGA